GAGAGAGACCUGAAGAUGCCCGAGCCCGCCAAGUCCGCUCCCGCCCCGAAGAAGGGCUCCAAGAAGGCGGUGACCAAGGCGCAGAAGAAGGACGGCAAGAAGCGCAAGCGCAGCCGCAAGGAGAGCUACUCGGUGUACGUGUACAAGGUGCUGAAGCAGGUGCACCCCGACACGGGCAUCUCGUCCAAGGCCAUGGGCAUCAUGAACUCGUUCGUCAACGACAUCUUCGAGCGCAUCGCGGGCGAGGCGUCGCGCCUGGCGCACUACAACAAGCGCUCGACCAUCACGUCGCGGGAGAUCCAGACGGCCGUGCGCCUGCUGCUGCCCGGGGAGCUGGCCAAGCACGCCGUGUCCGAGGGCACCAAGGCCGUCACCAAGUACACCAGCUCCAAGUGAUCGUGCCAAGUAAGCCUGCAUUACAGAUUCCAAAGGCUCUUUUCAGAGCCACCCAACAGCUCACAAUCGAGAACUGUGCACUUGUGCGCUGACCACAGCGACCCUCUGUAGAGGAGCGUGCACGGGGCGAUGCUCGUCUGCCUAAGUCCGGUCGAUGCAGAAUCCCUGGCACCGGGAUGCGGGGUGAAACCACCGGUUUGCAUACGGAAAUGCGUUCUUAACCGAGGUCUAGUUCCGAGCUCGGCCCCUGGCUGGUUCCCGAGGCCCGGGCCGCCAUCUUGCGCGGCGCCGUCCUGCGCGGAGUGUUCGCUUCAGCUCCGCCCCGAAAGCGGAAGUCCCAGCCUGCGCCGGAGCCUCCGACCAGUCCUCGCCCGUCCCCACUUCCAAAGACCUCCUGGCCCGCAGCUUUCCAAUUGUAAAACGUCCCCCUGUGCACGUAAGAAUUAGAUUGUGGGAGAAGCUGCAAGAAGAGAAACGUUUACUUUUUUUUUUUAAUUGCAGGAGAUGGUGAAAGGGGGUUGUUUGUAAAAAACUAACGGGAAGGGUAGGCAGGCCUGGAAGCAUUUAAUUUUCUUUCUUUUCCUAAACGGCUGGGUAUUUUUUCCAAGAAGAUUCCCAAACCCCUCCCUCUCGUGAGUUUGUGAGACUUGGAAAAAGAAAAAAAAAAAAAAAACCUCCUAGCAUUUAGCCCUAUCACUUUUUUUGUAGCUAAGACUAUGGAAUGUUAGGUGUGGUCCUGUGGCCUCCGUCUCUUUUUAAUUGACCUGGCUCUGAGUCUGCAUUGCCUGAGUUUCACCCAUGCGUCCCAGCAGUGAGGGACCCUGACCCAGUCUUGUGAGGAAAGUAGGAGAAUCAGGGGUGCUAGGUACGGAACUAAAUGCCCAGUUCCUUUACCCCACCUCCCGGGGCGGGCCUUCCAAAGUGAAUACAAAGAAACUGUUAAGGGUUCAGGAAUAGCCCCCUCAGUGACCACUCACACACCAGACUCAACAGAAACUGACCGGUCAGUGCCAUAAUCUGACUCCGGAGACAGCCUGUGAUCUUGGUCUGCUCCUAAAGCAGGUUUUUUUAUUUAAAAAAAAAAAAAAAAAAAAAAGUAACCAAGUAGCAACCGGCUAACAAAACUGUAACCAGGUGUUGGGAGUGGGAAAAAAAGCAACUAGGUAACAACCAGGUAACAAAUGCAACAAAGUAUCCAGCUACAGGAAGCAACAUUAUAUCAUUUUGACUAGCUAGACAAAGCAUUUCUAACGGACCUUUAAGGUAAUUGGUUCGGCUGUUGGGGGACUUCAUCGAGUGCCCACGUAACAAAGUACACAAAGUUUGAGAAAUGAAACCAUAGAGACAUAAUCCAAAUGGACACUUGGAGACAAAAUGGCUUCUGAUAUGCUAAAGGCUACAGCAGGUGUUAACAGAGGAGCCAUAGUUAUGCUAAGAAAUAAAGUAGGUGUCAACAGAGGGCCUAUAAAAUAAAGCUGGUUACAACAAAACUGUCCAUUUCAAAGUAACAAAAUUGCAACUGCCAUCCAGGAGGCAAUUCAGUGCGUAGUUAUUUGCCAGCAAGCCUGUAUACCUGAGCUGUAUCCUCUAGACCCACGUUGUGGAAGGAGUGAAUUCCAGAAACUUGCCCUGGGAUCUACACAGACAUCCCAUGACAAGCAGGGCACGCACAAAUAAAUGUAACUUUUUUCUCUGA